GCAGCAAAGAUGCGGCCUGCACAAGCCGCUACAGCGUUACUUUUUUUUAUUGUCGGGACGGUGCUCGCGGAAGUAAAGAUACGCCUUGGCCGAAUGCCGUCAGCUCGAGAAAAUAUGGCCGUAAAGAAGCUUCCACUCGGACGGCUGUGGCCACCGGUGCUCGGAAGGCCCCACGGACAGGGCAUCAUCAGCGAAAACUUAAGAAACUUUCUGGACGCUCAAUAUUACGGCAACAUAAGCAUUGGAACACCACCACAGACCUUCCGAGUUGUGUUCGACACCGGCUCUUCUGAUCUAUGGGUACCUUCGGCUAGAUGUCCGCCAGAGAGUGUGGCUUGUAGGACCCACGGCCGCUAUGACUGCUUCGACUCGGCGACGUACACGGAACACGGCCGUCCAUUCCUCAUCAGCUACGGCAGUGGCAGUGUCGUGGGAAAAAUCAGCCGUGACGUAGUGGCACUGGGAGAGUACCGAGUGCGGGACCAGUACUUCGGCGAAGCCUGGACAAUGAUCGGUGACCUGUUCAUUUCCUCCAAGUUCGAUGGCGUGCUGGGCCUAGGCUACCCGAACAUUGCGAUGAUGCCCGGCCUGCCACUGUUCGACAACAUGAUGGAGCAAGGUGUCGUGGCACAACCCCUUUUUUCAGUUUACAUCAAGAGGAACGCGAGCAGUAAUGAUGGUGGCGAAAUUCUCUUCGGUGCCAUAGACAACGACCACUACGAGGGGAACAUCAGCUACGUGCCCGUCAAUGUGAAGGGAUACUGGCAGUUUGACAUGGAUGGCGUUCAAGUUGGAUAUGACAGCAGUUUCUGCCAUGGUGGUUGCCAGGCUAUUGCCGACACAGGCACCAGCGCGAUAACUGGGCCAGUGGAAGAGAUCAGACGGCUGAACGAAAUUAUUGGUGCCACACGGGCUUCGUACGAUUUGCUCGUCGUAGACUGCGGAAGCCUCCGCACUAUGCCGAAGAUUGCAUUCAUAAUCGGAGGGAAGCGAUACGUGCUGAGACCGAAAGAUUACAUUCUCCAGUGGGAGCUGAAUGGCGAAAAGACCUGCCUGAGUGGAUUCAUGGGCCACGACACAAAGAAUUCGCUCUGGAUUCUGGGAGACGUGUUCCUCGGACGCUACUACACCGUGUUUGACCGCGGAAACGACCGUCUGGGAUUCGCCGAGGCACGUUAGCCACCCCUUUUCGAGGUCCACUGUGGGGGACAGAUAUGAGGCACUGGUCUCCUUGAUGCUGUUCCAGCCACUGCGAGUCAGUUCGUAAUAAAUACAUGGUUGGCCUAUGAUUA